CUGUAUAUGCCUGUGUUUCAUAGUAGUCUGUAUAGUGGAAAUAGUUCUCUGGUCACUAAUGUACUAUUGGAUAAACAAUGCAUUGGAAGAAAAUAUUGACACGUUUCAUAAAAGAUAUUCCGGGAGCUAUCUGCUGAAUGGUUAUCAGGACAAAUGGAAAGCUUUAUAUAAUUGUUUGGAAUGUUGUGGCACCAACGGAACUGGUAAUACAUGCUCUGGUGUUUAUCCAAGCAAUGGUGUUGAGUUUCCUGGAUGUUUCGACCUCUAUUCGGAGAAAAUGAAUUUGUAUAUUCAGGUUUAUCUUGGAAUAAUAAUAGUGUGCUUUCUUUGUCAGAUUAUUGGUAUUGCCGCUGCAGAUUAUACAGUUAUAAAGCAACAAAUGAAAAAUAAAGGUGUCAAAAAGCUGUCUUCAGAAAGACGAUAUCUUCUAUGUAUGAAGGAAUAUGGAGUUUUGUGUACGCUCUUAAAAUUCAUCAAGGAAACUUGGAAUAGAACACCCACACGCAUUAUAUCAGUUAUAGUUAAAUCGACAAACAUGGUAUCCAGUAUAGCACUCAUGAUAACCAGUCUUUGGUUCAUAAGAAGUGAUUUUAUAACAAAUCAAGAGUUUAUUUAUUACUUCCGGCGAAUGGAUGUGUACGGUUACAGUUAUCACAACGUAUUUACAGGUUUUGCUUGUUGCGCACUUGCAAUAGGAACGUUUGGUAUCGUGAAUAGUGUAAUAGGCAUUAUUGGUUCAUCAAAACAAUCGACAGCACUCCACACAGUUGCAUUUGUUUCAUCUAUUGGACUUGGAGGAUUAAAAAUAAUGGCUUCAAUAUUUUGGGCGGUUAUGCUGAAAGAGAUAUCAAACCAUGUCGAAGAUGAGCUGACUGAGUUAACUGGAACUGAUAUAUUUUACACCAUAUUGAUGUUGAAGUUUGAAUGCUGUGUAAUAAAAGGAUUUACUGCAGGGAAUUUCUGUUAUUCUAAUAUGCACGAAAGUAUAGUUAAUUACGGAUCUCCCUGGAAAAGUCAUAGUUCGUAUCUUAACAUUGGUCUUAUUGGAAGCUAUAAAGAUGCAAAGUAUUGUUCUCAAGCUAUGAGAGAACGCUUAUACGUACUAUCAGGAUAUUAUUUCUCUUUCCUGAUAUUAGGACUCAUUUGCGAUUUCGUAGGACCUAUUCUUAUCAGCAAAGAAUUUAAGGAAAAUCAACGAGUGAAUGUCGAGAGAGAGACCAAGCAAACGAUGCAUUUGAUUCCAUGGUUAAAUCAUUUAGUUAGACGUGAUAAGCCAAGGAGUAUCUUAUUAUCGUUAUACAUAUGUUUAGCAGUUUUCAUGAUGUUACUGGAGUUAGCAUUCAUAGUAUUAGCGGCCAUAUUUGGUGUAUCAAACCACGUGAACAGAGACUAUAUAGAUAAUAUCGGAGAUUUGUAUGCAUUCUUAGCUAUUGGUAGCAUCGUGCUGGUGUCAUGUUGCAUGAUUAUUAGGUUUGCUGGGUUGAUUAUCAUUCUUAAAAGAUGGAAGAAAAGCCUGUAUGUGAUAACAAUCAUUGUAACACUAAAUACCUUGCUGACACUGACAUUCUUAAUAAUGGGAUCAGUUAUGAGAAAGGAUGAAUAUCCAUGUAGCUAUUACGAUUGGACAGUUUACCGUUUUAUAAACUGCUCGUCAAAUUUAGAAUCAACAUCAGGAGUUGCCAUUGGAAUGUUUGUUAUCGAACUGUUUUCGCAGAUAUGUGUGUUGAUCAUACAUGAUAGGAUUCAUCAGUACACAGAAAUAACAGACGAGCUAUCUCAAACAGAUGAGAAGAAACAAUCAGGACUCCUCAGAACAAUUUACGCAUUUUUAUUUGUUGAAAGGCAGUUAUUUAAGAAUAACCGGAAACUUGAGAUCCCUGUUGCUGUGUAUGUUGGGGCAAGCAUAGUGAUGACGUUACUCGAAUCAACGUUUAUCGUUUUGGUAUGUUUCUAUGGCUUUUCAUGGUUACUGGACCGGAGAUGGAUAACAACAGGUUUAUACAUACUCGAUGAAGAAACCAUAAACAUUGGAGUGUUGUUCGAUUUUCUGAAGAUUUCACUUUUAGCUCUGAUUCCUAUUCUAAGUAUAAUUAGAAUAUGUGGAGUUGUUUCUGUAUUGACAAGACGUAAAAUCUUUCUUUAUGUGGUGUCAGGUGUACAUGCGUUCACAUUACUGAUUUCAAUAAUAUUUCUGAUACUUUCAUCAAUAGUAUUGCGUGCGGUGAGCAGGUGUACCUUAGACAGCGAGUCUUGCCCUUCACGACGAUAUGUUAUAGUUGGUGUAUCAGUAGCCAUGAUUAUUCUUGAAAUCUUAAUACAGGUGAUUUCCUUCCUUGUUCAUGACAGAUGCUUUAAAUAUUUUCUUCCCGAUGAGGAAACAGAAUCCUUGAUUGGUCCAGAUCAACAAAAAGGAAUGUUCUUAAUGAUUUAUGACAAAUUCUUUCGACGAAGGAAAACAUUCAGCAGUGGAAAGAUAGAAGUGUUAAUUGCCGUUCAUUUCGUACUAGCUGUAUUUUUUCUUGUUAUUGAAUUAAUCUUUAUUGUAUUGGUCUCUGUGUAUGGAUUAUCAUCGGUUCUGGACAGGCAAUGGAUAACAUCCGGACUCAGUAGCAUGUAUAAGAUUUCAAUGAAUCUUGAAGUUGUCUUCAAAUUCUUGUCAAUUGGAUGUGUAGUGUUGAUUCCAUUAAUCAGUAUAAAUAGACUCAUCGGUAUAGUAGCAGUAUCGAACACCUGGAUCAAAGUCGUAUAUGUUAAUUCUGUUAUCAUGGCGUUUACACUAUCAAUCAAUAUAGUCUUCAUUUGUCUUGGUGCGAUCUUAUUACACGAAGAAUCUGAAUGUCACUACAUUGACGCAUUAAACUCUAGUACAAAGACGUGUCCAAAAAUGAAGGCAACAGUUGGAAUAGGACUUGCUAUAUUUUGUUCUGAAUUCCUAAUGCAGGUUUUAUCAAUAGCUGUUAAUGAUAGAAGUCAUAAGUACAUUGAAAUGAUACAGCGGAAUAAACAGGACGACACGGCAACUACCGAUACAGGAAAAGGACUAUUUCUCAUGAUAUAUGAUAAAACAUUCAGAAGAAGAAAACCUUUUGCAAACGCAGUAAAGAUUGAAGUUAUGAGUGCAGUGUAUUCUGUGAUAUCAGUCAUUGUACUAAUGAUUGAAAUAACGUUCAUUGUACUGAACGCCGUGUAUGGGCUUUCACACGUGAUAGACAGAAAAUGGAUAACAGAAGGUCUAAGUAACCAGUAUAUAACGUCUUCAAUAGACCUUGAAUCGUUCUACAAGUUCCUGUCUAUAGGUUCAAUUGUAAUUGUUCCUCUUAUUUCGAUCAACCGAUUUGUUGGACUAAUAGCAAUCUCAACAAAACAGACGAAACUACUCUAUAUCAAUUUUAUACUGACGAUAGUAGCUUCCGUGGUGACCUUUAUAUUUGUAAUUCUAACAUCGGUUCUCCUCUCUGCUGAAAACAGUUGUACCUAUACUAUCAAUAGUAGUAAGCAUUCGUGCCCGGAAAUGAAUUACAUAGUAGGAGUACUACUCAGUGUACUGAUUAUUGAAUUGUUAAUGCAGAUAACUCAUGCAGUAUUGUCAGCAAAAGUCAAAGAUCAACUUAAAGCAAGAGUAAAGGAUAGUUCAAACCCUUUACCUGAAUCAAGACAAGUAUUCCAUCGGCCAAGCCAUGUCCCGAACGUAGGCACUGACAUUGAACCUGAUGACCUAGAAACGAUAUAA